ACUUUUUAAGGUAAAAUUACAGCCAAUGCAACUGAGCUUCCUACAACAUAAACUCCAACGGACAAUGCAGUAACAGUCGUGAAAAAAUGGCUUUAAUAUUCUCAGACUAAAUUACAAUACACCAACAUGCACCGUCUCCUUCACCAUAGCGCUUUGCUGUGGGAGAGUAGAGGGAGAAAAGAGAUGAACUGAGAUGGGACAGUUUUUAAAAUGAACAUAGUUAUCCAAGUAGAAGCACUGAAACUGUACAUAACAUUGUCCUUCACAUAAACGAUUAUCUGCAUUCGGGUGCCAUAAAAAAAUAACAGCAGCUUUUAGAAAAGGCGUUAGGAAGUGGACGACGAUCAAUCAUGUAGUAAAAUGGUCUACUUGGUGGAAUAUGUGUGAUUCUAUUUGUAAGUGAACAUUACUGUCUUUCUAUACGGAGAUUCAUGGGGUUCAUUAGAGACACGGCUGUACUGGCAAGAACACACAAGUGACUCAUAUUAUAGAAAACACAAUAGUGUGUGUGCGUCUGUAUGUGCGUGCGUGUUUGUCUGUCUGUCUGUGUGUAUGACUGAUUGACUGGCUAUCGGUGUUUGUGAAUCAAUGUCUGUUAAAAUCGCCAGCAGCACAAGUUAAUUUGAGGAAGGAACAAAAGGAGACUCUGUAAAACGCGUGUUUCCGUUUUUUUUUCAUUCAGCUGCCUUUCGGCUUGUCCCAAACACGGAUUGUCCUUUCGUAUUGUAUUAUUCCCCCGUUUUAUUUUACUAAAGAGUCUUGAUUAUUUAAUUUCGCAUAUUACGUUCCCAUGUGAACAAAUAUAUUGUAUUUUAUAUCUAACAACAUUAUUUCGCAGUUGAAAAAUAUCCUGUGAACGCUGACAGGGGCGCGGCGUUACAAAAGUCACAUUAAAGGCGGCCGUCAUUUGCCUUUUGUUGUUUGCAAAAGGCUGCGUUUAAUAUUUCGUUGCGGAGACCCUUUGCGCACAGGUGGGGGACCCGCCCGGUGGGACGGCCCCCUCUCCCGGCCCCUCGGCGGAGGAUGCGAGCGGCUGACAUUUGCUGCUGCGGUUCGGGACGGGAGGUGCAGCGUCUCUGCAAACAGGUGUGAUCCAGCGCAGACAAGCCGGGUCCCCGGUCCGACAGCAGACUCGUUCCGUGCUUCUCCGCGCAGCGGGACCAGGACAUCUGCCUCCUACACGCCUUUUCAGUUUUCACAUUAUAUUACUGCCGUCGCCGGCCAGCUCGUUGGAGAAAAGAAAAGAAGCGAAGCCAUGACAAGUAAAAAAUGUGCGGAUAUAACAAAACGGAGCCGGAGCCCCGUGGUGCUGGAUGCGGAGAUGUUCGGCGGGUUUCAGGACUGGUGUCUUCGGACCUACGGGGAUUCGGGCAAGACGAAGACGGUGACCCGGCGAAAAUACAACAAAAUCAUGCAGACGUUGCUGCAGGGCGACGAGCCGGACGGCGUGUACGUGGAGAGCAGUACCAUUAACGCCAAAUUCAAAUUCUGGGUGAAAUCUAAAGGCUUCCAGGUCGGCAGUAGCGUGCUGAGCGGGCACAGCCAAAAAGGGGGCUCCGGGAAGCCCGUCCUCUACGUCCCGGUCAAGUCCACGUGUGCUGAUGGCGGCUCCAGCACGGACAGCUCAUCCCUGAAGCGCGUGGCUGUGGUAGAGGACUUCUUUGACAUCAUCUAUGCGAUGCACGUGGAGAUGGGCCCGGAUGCAGGCCGCACACCCAAGCAUGCAGGCCAAAAGAAGACGUACAAGGCGAUCGCAGAGACAUAUGCCUUCCUGCCGCGGGAGGCUGUCACACGCUUCCUCAUGAGCUGUGGAGAGUGCCAGAAGCGGAUGCAUAUCAACCCCAGUACCGCUGAGUUUAAAGAGAACGACAGGCCGGCCCCAUUGGUUCCAGACCUCAUUGACUACAACAUGCCGCUCACCGCCACCUACUUGAAGCAGAUGAAGCUGCAGUGUAUGAACACCAACGAGCAGGAUGACACCUCAGUGAGCAGCGAGGACCUCGAAAUGAACGACCCCACGUGGAUGUCCACCGACCGUGGCCCCACGUCGGACAUGAGCCCCCCCCACCCCGGAGCACGGUCACACAGCCCCGAGACUGGGCAUAAGGACGAGGAUGACGACUCCUCCUCUGAGAGCGGCAGUGCCAAUGGAGUGCCCUCGCUGACGCCCCCCACAGCGGCCGGGGCAACCCCCCCUGAGGCCGAGGUGAAUGGGGGCGGGGGCGCGGCACCGCUGGACUUCAGCACCACGUCGUCCUCGCCCUCCUCCGAGGAGCAGCAACCCAUCAACCUCGCAGCUGAACACACUGUGUCCGACGGCCUGCGCAGGAAGUUCCCUGGUGGGCCCCCUCACGCCACGGAGCUGCGCCUGGAUUACGGCAACAAGUCCCCUCAGUACAGCUCAGGGAGUUACGACUCUGUAAAGACAGAGGUGAGCGCCUCCGCUGAGGACCUGAGCACGGGCCGGGCGCAGGCAGUCGAUGACGACGACGACGAGCACGACGACCACGAUGACAGCGACAAGAUCACCGACACGGAGGGCCUGGACCCCGAGCGGCUGAAAGCCUUCAACAUGUUUGUGAGGCUCUUCGUGGAUGAGAACCUGGACCGCAUGGUGCCCAUCUCCAAGCAGCCCAAAGAGAAGAUCCAGGCCAUUAUCGAGUCGUGCAGCCGGCAGUUCCCGGAGUUCCAGGAGCGAGCUCGCAAGCGCAUCCGCACCUACCUCAAGUCCUGCCGCCGCAUGAAGAAGGGUGGCAUGGAGACGCGGCCAACCCCGCCACACCUCACCUCUGCCAUGGCUGAGAACAUCCUGGCUGCAGCCUGCGAGAGUGAGACACGUAACGCAGCCAAGAGGAUGCGGCUGGAUGCCUACCAGCCUGCGGAUGAGCAGAUUGCCCUUGACAAACCCAGUCUGCGGGACCCAGCCACCCUGGCACACUCUGCCUACUCACUGGCUGCCUCCGUCUACUCCCAAGAGCAGCUCUACACCAACGGAGGCCUCAACUACAGCUACCGUGGUUAUGGUCCACAGCACACCACCUCCGGGUCAACUGCUACCCCACAGACUAAUGGGCCCACAGACCUCAGCAUGAAGUCCAUGGCAUCCGGCAGCUCCAACAGUCACGGGCCAGGUGGGGGGGGAGGGGGCGCCUCGGCUCAGCUGAGCGCCCCCGAAGUGGCGGCAGUGCGGCAACUCAUCGCCGGUUACCGCGAGUCGGCAGCAUUCUUGCUGCGCUCAGCGGACGAGCUGGAGAGCCUGAUCCUGCAGCAGAACUGAGGAGCUCCCCCCUGCCCCAAAAAAAAGCACCCGCCGUUCAUCACCCGCCUACCCACACCCAGAUACACACACACACACACACACACACACAGAUAUGCACACACAGUGCCAUAAACAUACAGAUACACUCACAGUCAUACAUACACACACACAGAGCUACACAAAUGCAUAGCCAUAAACACAAAGACAAACACACACAGUCACAGAUAGAAAUGCACAGACAGAGACACGCAGAGUCACACACGCCAACCCACACCUGUUUAGGAACAGUUUUCUGCCUUCAUCACAGAAAAACAAGGAAACGAAUGAACACAGAGUUGAGGAAUGCAUUGAUAGAGAUGAGACUACCUAACAGGGUGUCAGCCACCAUCUUGGCACCCCCCCCAUUUUCCCCACUGGGUGGCGCUGUGUCACACUCGCAGCAGACAGAACAGAGGAGGCCGGGACUGGGAUUUCGGCAGGACCAUUCACUUUUGUCCACAUUUUAUACAAGCUGCUCCCAGUCUCCUAACUGGCUUUCUAAACAGACAAUGAUAUUUUCAAGUUAAAAGAAAGUUGUUCUGAUUGAUCCAGUUCGUGUCACAACCUGCUGACUGAAAGAUGGCACUACUGGGUGUGGAGGAUGAGCAUCUGCCAAGAAGCAAAGCGUAAAGGAGGAAGAGGAAGAUGAGAAGGUCGACGGUGACCUGUACAUAAUCUCUCUGUGUCCCUGCACUUUUCACACCACCCCCCCCCACCCCACCCCCGUGACUCGAGCGUCAUGAAAGCGCCAUUUCACACAUGAAGAUACCUCAGAACCACAGUACUCACUGUUUUUUUUUGCGCUUUUUUUCCCCAGAGUUGGUGUUUGAAAGUAACAAUUAUCUCAUUAUAUUUUCUACAAAAAGGAAAGAUUUUAAAAAAUGCUGAGAUUUAAAAAUUUCAAAAAUAUAAUUUCUAUGAUUUGAAUUGUAAAGGGAAAGGUUUCGCAUUGCUCAGACCCGUAUGUAUAUAUUGCAGCUACCAGUUACGGUAGUCAUGCUUGGCUAUGAAAGCCUGGAGACUGGCGCCCCCUAUAGAUCUGUAACUGCAUAGGCUUUGGUCGGCACUGGCUGGUCCAUCACAUGGAGCCUCAUGGGCUCUGCGGUAUCUGCACUGGGAGAUCCCUGAGCCCCCAGAGUGGCUGGAUGUCUCAUCCUCCAGACUUCAGCACCGGCUGUUUCUCUGAUCUCUGAAAUGGCGCCUGGAUCGGCAGCGGUUUCCCGGCCGACAGGGUUGCCAUGUUUGGGGGGCUUUGCUGUUCCGGCCCUUUGCUCCAACGCCCACGCAGCCUAAUCCCCCACUCCCCUUGGACCUCCCCGCUCUUCCGUCGCAUGAGUCGGUUGCGCUCUGCUGCGGAUAAACAGGAGCGACGGCCUCGUUCCCACGCGGCCUGCCGCACCUCGGUUGCUGCUACGAACCUGCAGACCUCAAGCCAAGACUGCUGGUUCCUGCACUCCUCAAGCUUGCAAGAGAAAGAAGGACAAUGCAACGAAAAAUGCAAUUGACAACAAAGCCAAAACUGGAGCUGAUAACACAACAAUCUAACGCUUUGUUCUUUUUCACUUUUCUCCUUCAUUUUUGUAAUUCAGACAGUGUGUGUGAUUCUCCAGGAUGGACCCCCCUUAUGCCACCGUCACCACAGCACCCACACACUCAUUGGCUGCCUGAGAUCUUGGGCGGCUCCUCACAAGUCCUCACUGCCCAGUUGCCCCUGGUAACGCCACCUCGCCCCCCUCUAUGGUCCUAAUGUGACACACGUGGAUCAUCCGGCAUGAUGUGUACAACCUCAUCAGUGCCCCCUGGUGGCCCACAGGAAGACUGGUGUCUUUCCCCACCAGUCUCCUAGCAGGAUGCUUUUCCAGCUCAUAUUCCUUGCUCUUCGAUUGCUUGUUGUCCUGGGUGAGGUACUGCAGUAAAGAUCAUUGUCAGCAAAUAUUCUUAUGAAGGAGAGUCCAGUUUGAUAAAAGGAUCACAUGCAUCAAUCCCAUGGCUGGCCUGUACCUCCAGUGUGUGUGUGUGUGCGUUCGUGUGCAUACUUGUGAGUGUGUGUGUGUGUGUGUGUGUGUGUGUGUGUGAAUGUACCUGACAUUCAUUGUAGUUCUCCUGCACUGUGUUGUUCAAACCCACAGCAUGUUUGGGCUGCACCAUGAGCACCGUGUGGCUUGGGGGGGGGGGCAUGUUGACACUCGGGCUCUGCUAGCUGGCUGCAUCACAUUCCUCUCGUAGAGUGAGACUCUCGCUGUGACUUUAACGUGUAGCUCUUGCAAAAAGCCAACUCAUCUCCAGUGACACUAAACUCAUUCAUCAAUAGACACACAAAAAUGGCAUUAGACAAUCCUGGACGUGUAGCGUGUCUCCUGUGCAGCCUGCUGUGCCCCCACCCCCGCUUCCUGUGUGCCAGGCUGUGACAUCAUGUUAGCAUGUGUCCUGCAGACAUGCUCACGUGAGACACAGCAACAGCCUCCAGCGCCCUUGUCACCGGUUUCUGUUUUUAAGUGGUAUUAACACUCUGAUUUUUAUAUAUGUCUAUAUUUACAGUAUAUAUUUAUAGAGUACUGUUCUACCCCAAACGUCUUUUGUACAAUGCUGAUUCACAGGAAGAGUUGCCUUGCCGUCAUCUUCACACAUUCCACAGCUCGGCCACUGGCACAACUGGCAUCUCCUGAUACCGUCGCGCUCGUCACCGUGUGCAGAUCCGGCCCCGAUCCGGUGGUUGUGAGGGGAGCCGAGGGGGGAAGAAUUAUCGUGCUUUAAAAACUGUCUGGAGGGUGUGACAUGUUGCCGUAACAGCCGGCAGCUCAUGUGGCAUGAUGUCCCAAGGAUCAGCGGGCGGGGAUUCCACGUGCAAGUGGCUCCUUUGUGUCACAUGCUAGUGCCAUCGGUCACAGAUUCUGAGGAAGGAAAGAUGGGCGGGCACUGCAGAGAGGUCACGGGUUGCGUGAAGGCAAGUGAGACAUGCUUUCUGUCACGCAUGCUGGAUUGGUCAAUUUUCUCUUUACGGCAGAAUCUAUGGAUCAAAAGCCACUUGUGGCUGUACAGGCUCGGUUGGGAAGGGUGAGUGUCUUGCGGGGGUGAGGGCAAGGAGGCUGUUUCCUCAAAAACAGUUUUAAGAUGUUGAGUAACUGCAGAUUAGUCAAUCGAUGAGCCUUGUAAGGGCUAUCCACCCAGCGAGUGUGUGUAUGUAUGUGUGUGUGCAUGUGUGUGUGUGUGUAUGAAAUCGCCAACCAGGCAUGGUGUCGGGUCAAUCCUCAGUUGAGAUGUUUCCUUUUUCUUUGUCCAGAGUGUUGAUAUAUAUAAGUAUUUAUAUUUUCAGAGUUGGAGCCUCACUGCCGCUACCUGCUCUCUGUCUGGGGUCAAAUGUACAAGUCAGAAAAAAAUCUGAAAAAAUUUACUUUUUAUUUUUCUAUCAGGGCAGUGAACAGCUUCAGUCAAAUCAAUAUGGUUCAGGCCAUAGCCUGGUCUAUUCUGUAAUUUGCCAGUGAGUUAAGAUUUUAUGGUCGGUUCUGCUCAAGAAUUUCAUCUUUACAUACCAGAAGCUGAUGGUAUUAACUGUUUCUCUAUUUAUACCUUAUACUAAUGUAAAACUGUAUUUAUACUUUAUACCAAUGUGAAACUUUGUAAUUUUCCCCACCCAAUUCUGGACUCAGUCGAAGUGUGAUGUUUACAUGUACAGAUUUUUGCAAUUAGUUUGACCUUGUUUUACUUUUUGUUGUCAUUGUUGUUGAUGAUGUCGUUUGUUGCCCUGAUUCUCUGUCCCGUUUCCUAUCCCCAGACUGUAUGCAUUUAUUCGAGAAACCUUGCGAAGUGCCACCACACUCAGAUAGGAUGGUAUCACACUUCAGUGACUUUAGAAGGUGUCUACAGAGUGUGGCGAGCACCCAGGGAACACUGGCAGUUUCCUCAUUUUCAGCUAAUCGAGACCUUGUCACUACUGGGUUCUUUCAUUUUGGUUAUCAGGAGCUAGUUGCUAAUGUUGGCUCUCUGUCUCUGUCGCUCUGCACCUAUGCAUUCUUAAGGAGAUGUAGUUUUGUCUGUAAGAUGAACCUUCAGUUGAAAAGUUCUACCUGCACAAACACAUUCAGAACUUGGAACUUUAAACCUCACAUCUCACAGCUUUAAUUUUUUUUCCAAUUCUAAGGUCUCGAUGUAGCAGUUCUCUCGUCACCAAUGUUCCUCAGUGAAUUAGAAGCCAUUAACAGCCCCUGGAUCGUGUUUGCCAGGGGAAACAGAACCUCAGGAAAAGAUAUUCCCCAAGAAUUUACUUUUUUAAAAACACGUGUCUUACUGAAUCAGCAGUCCACCCUCCCUCUCUAAUUCCCAGUACCCUGUAAUUUAUGACAGAUAAUUAUUUGUUUUUAUAUUUAUUGUUGUGUUAUGACAGUGGAUUCUUUUUCCAGUAUGUGUGGCUAAAUAUCUGAAUUACAAUGCAGUGCUUUUCUUGUCUGAUCUGGUUCAGUCUGGCCUGAACUUAUCCUGUCAUUUCCAGUCUGUACCAGUCCGCUCCAGUCAUAUCUGAUUAUGUCCAGUCUGAUCUGGCUAUUUAAUUCCCUGAACAAGUCCAGCCAGCUCAUUUCCAGUCUGGUAUCUGGUCUUAUUCAGUCAUAUCCAUUUUUUUUCUGAUCUGAUCUGGUUAUAUUCAGUUUGAACCAGAUGUGUCUCUUUAAAAAACAGGUGUCUUAUUGAAUCACUAGUCCAUACUCCCAAUCAAAUGCCCAAUACCUUGUAAUUUAUGACCAAUCAUUUCUUUUUGUAUUUAUUAUUGUGUUAUGACAGUGAAUUCUUUUUCAGUAUGUGUGGCUAAAUAUUUGAAUUCUUUAGAAAGUGUUGAUAUAUACAUAUAAAUAUAUAUGUGCAACAAGUAAAAGAUGAAUAAGAAAAUAAAAAAAACGUUUAUUUCUGUUUGUCCGAUGCAAAAAUUUUGUGGUGGGCCUUCCUGCCACCUACAUAUCACUCAGUUGAUUGGAGGACCGUGAUCAGGUGUGUUUCUCCCUAACCAAUCAGUGGGAGCUGAUUUUUGUGUCACAAAAGUAACCCAAUAAAAUAAAACAGUUGCUGCCAUGUCAAA